UGACAUAUUGGGCCCAUUCUCCCCAUCCUGAGAGUAUCUUCUUGAUCGAACAGAAACUGAAGCUUGCAUCCUUUCAUUCGACUCCUAAUUGCUCCAUCAGAACAGAAGUAAACAAAACAAGUAACGGGCAAUCUGAUUAUCGUUCCAGCUUGUUACAGAAUAGUCCCGUUACAGACCAAACUAGCAGCUUAUAGGUAAUAACUUAAGAUUCUCUAAUAAUGGCGAAUGUUCCACCUUUUCAACCGCCAAAUUAUUCUCAAGGGAUGCAUGGCUAUGCAUACCAAAGCGUGGGUGAAGUUUCACAGAGGCCCCUAGAGAAUGAAGCAACUACACUUUUGAUCCGGCAUCUUCCCGAAGCUAUUCCGCAUGAUACCCUGUCUCGGCUCUUUUCACAUUAUGGUGCUUCUUCUGUUUGUCCAUGCACUACCGGAAGGAUGAGGAACUGUGCGUUUGUAGAUUUUAGUAACGAAGGUUUGGCAGCUCAAGCACAACGCCAAUUAAAUGGGUUAAGGUUUCUUGGUAAAGUUUUGUCAGUUGAGAGAGCUACUAGUAAACCACCACCACACGAUACUAGAUCUCAACUGAAUACUCCUACGGCCGGAAGCGAUGCCAUGUCAUCAAGAGAUGAUGCAUCUGCAGCCACUGGUUCAAAGCAGGAGAACAUGAUGAAAACGUUACCGACACUUGAACCUAUCGCUGAAAAACUCGGGGUCGAGUACCCGUUUCCUCCUCACCUUGAGUACGCAUACCCCCCACCAGACGGAAACAUCCUGACCAACAUCUUAAACGCUCUUAUUGCUGUUCCUCGCUUUUAUACACAGGUGUUGCACUUGAUGAAUAAAAUGAAUAUUCCAGCCCCAUUUCGUGCGGCACUGCCGACCCCACCCCUACCACCUUCAGCACCUGCACCGCCACAACCGCCACCGCCCCCGCCUAUGGAUACAAACUCCAAUUUGGCUCAUCUCUCGAGUGGUGAAUCUGAGUUGGAGUCUUCCGAUGAGGAAAAUGACGGUUCUCGGCGCAAGCGUAUCAAACGAGAAGCGAUUGUGGGUCCCGCUAUUGACAAGGAUAUAGCACACGAGGCUGUCGGAUUAAAACCCGCCACCUUAAUUCCGAAAGAGAUCCCAUUGAUAAAAAAGAAGAACCCCGUGUUGCAGAUUAAAAUAACUCCUAAACAAACACAUCCCGAAAAAGUAGAUGAUGACACAGCAGAAGAAAUAGAAACAGUCGAAACGGAGAAUAAUAAUUUAAAUACUAAACCAUUUGCCACUGUCGAAGAAUUGGAGCAUGGGAAAUUGCCUCCGGAAGAAAUAUUAUCACUUCCAAUGUUUAAGAAUUAUAAUGCUGGAAAUCCUGCACAUGUGCUGUACAUUAAAAAUCUGGCUAAAGAUGUUGUUGUAGAUGACUUCUACUACGUGUUUGGCUCGUUCUUUGGAAGCAUUGAGACAGCUAAAUCGAAUCUUUCUGUGAAGUUAAUGCAGGAAGGAAGAAUGAGGGGUCAAGCUUUUGUGACAUUCCCAUCGAUUGAAAUCGCUCAUCGUGCUCUAAAUCUGGUUAAUGGAUUUGUUUUUAAAGGGAAGCCAAUGAUCAUUCAGUUUGGGCGGAAUACGUCUGCUGGAAAAACUAGUGAAAAAUAGCUUGCAUCAUCAUCAUCAAGAUCUGUACGUCAAAACCAUGUUGGUCGUUGUUAAGCCCGACUUUAGAAUUUUUGUGAUACGUGCCACCUGCACACGUAGACGCUCAUGCAGUCAUGAGAUCAGCAAUGCACGUGAAGAUGGAGCGUGGAACCAGAAGUAUGGCCCGUAUGGGUUGAUGCAUCAGUUAUUUUCCUUUCUUUCUUUGUCUCAUUUCGUUAUAUAGCUAGUGGAUUGUGUUUUUUUUUUUUUUUUUUUUUUAAAGUCAAUAGUUGGUGGAAAUAGCGCUGUAUGAUGAACGGUGAAUGGAGGAGUGAAUAUGAAUCGAGUCAGUCUAUCUCCUUUUAUUUUGGAACGACAAGCUUCUAUAUAAAAAUAUAGAGACGGGCCAGCUAGAAGCUGAAAAACCCGGUUACACCGAAGCCUGGGAGCGACGACAUAAAGCCUUCACACGAAAGGGGCCCUCAUUGGCCCAAACACACCUCUUACUUGAUAUGGUAUAUGGUCACAAGAGUGAGUCUUCUUUUCCAAUUUUUUUUAGUUGCAAGAACACCUAAUUGCCAUUGUUUUGGUUCUUGUUAAUUGAGUCUUGUUGAUCAAUACUGAAAAUUGCUGUUGUCUAAUUGCUGAUAAUCACCAUUGUAUAUUGUUAUUGAUUUUUGUUGUGA